AUGGGGACGGAGGCGUUAACGGAAGUCCAGAGGAGAGAUGAUGGCAGACCUGGGAGGACUUCAAGAGCGGCACAUUUCUUGCGUCUGAGCUACGCAGAUGGCCAUAACAAAGCAGCGCUCCAGGAGGCGCUCUGGGCUGCGCGAUCAAACGCUCCCGCUGAGGUUGCUGCUGCAGAAGAUAAGGAUAAUUUCCCCUUCAGGCCUCGGAUCUCUGCUGAGUCACAAGUGCUGGCUGCUGCUGCUGCCGCAGCUGCUGCUGCAGCAAGACCAGCGGCAGAAGCAGCAGCUACAGGAAAUUGCAAUAGUGUUCACUUGCGGCUGUACUACCAAGGCCUUGAGGCGAAAAGAAAGAAGCAGCAACAGAAGCUUUUGCUGCUGCGCCAGCAGCAGCUGUUGCGAUCCCGUUUCAACACUUUAUCCAACAGCAGCAGCAGUAGUAGUAGUAGUAGCAGCAGCAGCAGGUCCUAUGGUCUCCUCAUAUCUCAGCAGCUUUAUGAAGAUGCGCUAAUUCGGAGGCGGAAGCACCAGCAGCAGUUGCUGCUGCUGCAGCAACAACAACGGCGCCUUAGCAGCUCAUCCAAGUUAACGCCAGCCUCCCUCAGGGUCUUCAAACACCGGCUGUCUAGGGAGCUAAAGCAGGCCUACGCCAGCCUUCAGCAGCAAAAUUCAGAAGCAGCUGCCCUCCCGGCCUCUUUGCUCCCUGACUGCUUGCAGCUGUUGGGAAUCUUCCAGCAUCAACAUCCACAGCAGCAACAGCAGCGAGAGCAGCUACCGGAGCAGCAGCAAAACAAUAAUCCACUUCUGAAGGCUAGGAAGUUGCUCAGCACUCAAGAAGCUGCAAGCAAAGAGCUCCGCCUUGUGAAGAGGCUGUGUAGCUUGCUGGACCCCGAGGGCUUGGGGAUGGUAUAUCGCGAACGACUAUUCCAGUUCCUUGCAGGUCUCAUAUCGGGCUGCAGCAGCAACGCUGAAGCCACCAGUUCGUGCGGUUGCGGCGAUUGUUGCUACCGUAGCAACAGUAGCCUCUUAAAGCAGCUACUGUGGAUGCUGCUGCGAUACCCGCAAUAUCCUUCUGAAGUAGCUGGUGUGCUGCUGGGGCGUACUUGGUCUCCCUCAAUAGCCGUUGGCUGCCUUAAUCUAUCCAGCCAUGUAACAGCACGGUUUUACACAGUGGAAACUGCGAUGUUAGUUAAGGUUUGGGGCCGAAGGCUGCAACACCAGCAACAUCGCGUCAAGGGUUGGUGGUCUGGGGGUUUAAGGGUUUACGGCUUAGUAGCUGCCGUAGGAGCCGUUGUCUUCAGAGCAGUCAUCACCACCGAUGGCGCAGCCCAAGGCCCGCUGCAGCUCCGCGGCAGGCGGCAACGGCAGGCAAGAAAAGAGAUCCUGCAGCAGCAGGUGCUGCAGCAGCAAGAACAGCGACAGCAGCAAGAACAUCGACGACGCGGGUGCCCGCGGCUCUACAAGCAUGUGGAGCUAUUGCCGACGGCAAACGGGGUAUCGCGACACGUGCAGUUAUUCGAGCUGGCGCACUACCAGCAGCAGCAGCACCGGCAGCAGCAGGAGCUCCGCCAGCAGCAGCAGCAACAAGAUGAUCUGCGGGAGUGCACCUUUAAGCCCAGCCUGUUGCCAUCUCACAAGUCCUCCCGGCGCCUGGGGCCAGGGACCUCUCCCCCUGAAGGUUUCGGGGCUGCAGUACAGCGACUCCGCCGUGGCGCUGCCGAUAGAGAUCGCCUCUUCAGGUUUUACCAGAACAGGCAAACCCUAACCCUAAUUCACAAAUCCCAACUGCCCGUGCUAGUGGAGACGCCCUCCCCUGCGCGCAAGGAAGAGGGCCCCUUCAGUUUCUCCGAAGGCCACUACAGCCUGCGUCUAGCCCCUGAAGUCUUCGGUGUUUCCGUCGAAGUGCAAAAGGGGCGGCUGGUGUAUUCCUUCUGCCGAUCCCAUGGCCUGCAUGCAGAGGAGCAGGAGUGGCUGAAUAGCAUAGUUUUGAAGGAGAUGGCCUCGCGGAAUCUCUUAACCCUUGUAGAUGAAGAGGGCAUUGGGGGGAGGCGACCGCAGGCCAUCGAGACGUUGCAGGGGUCUUCCAGGCCCCAGCAGCACGAGCGGUGGCUUCGACGGCUGUCGAAGGCCUCCAACGAGCCUCUUAAAGGCUCGAAAACACCAGGGAGUGCAGACGCUCCAUAUGUGCUGCCAAAGGGUUCCGAAGUAGAGGUGCACAGCUCGGAGGUUCAUGAAAGGCCGCUGCAGUCGCGGUCCCCGGGCACAGAAAUGCAGGAGAGAGGCACAUUGUACAGCUCUGUGGAACACUGGGGAAUACACCAGGAAACGUGCUCCCUCUUGGCAGGAAACAAUUCAUCUAUAGACCACGAGUACAAGCCCUUCGAGCACAACGACUUCUGGGACGUCCCCUUGCCAGCCUCCACUGACUUGCCGGGAAACAAGGCGAAAGGCACUCCUCCGUCGAUCUACUUACAGCCGCAACCUCAGCGGCAGCAGCAGCAAGAACUAUAUGGGGAACAAAAGUGCGAGACGAAACAGGGACUGCGGCAGCAGCAGCAACACCACCAAGAACAAUUCGAGCACCAACAGCCACAACAGCUGCCGACAGAUCUACCCCACGCGCUUCGUAAUGUCCUGUCCCCGGCAGCCAUUGCUGCUGCAGAAAAGACCCCACCGCAACGGCAGCAGCACCAGCAACUUGUGGAAAAGACAGGGGAGGAGGACGGAAAAAAGCAGAAGCAGCAGCGACUACAGGAAACGCCUAGCACCAAUGAAAACCGCAGCCUCCGUUGUCUGUCCAUCUUCCCUCCUGAGGCUGCGGAGGCCGUACGUGACUCCCCCAACAGCAGCAGCAACUGUAGGGAGGUGCUUCAGACCCCUUCCAGUGAUGAAUCAUGGGGAUGGCUCAGUCCUGUGGCAACAGAAAGAAACCCUUGA